AAUGUGAAGUUGCCAGAUUUAUCUCUCUGUUGCAGCAUAGUGGAGUACAGAUAAAGUGUGUUCAGUCGAGAAGACACGAGGAUAACUCGCCACUACUAUCACGUUACCCUUCGCUCUAAAGUGGAUUUGGAUUUUAUGUACAACAUGACAUUUGAGGAACUAAGUGGGGAUUAUUCUCAAGAAAGAAUGGAUUCAGUGGCGAAAGCUUUGGAAGAAGUCCUCACCUCUGCGCUACCACAGGGCUGCAUUACAGUCGGAGUCUACGAGGCUGCCAAAUCCCUCAAUGUAGACCCUGAUAAUGUGGUUUUGUGCAUCCUGGCCACCGAUGAUGAAGAUGUUAAAGAUGUUGCCCUGCAGAUCCACUUUACUCUCAUUCAGGCUUUCUGCUGUGAGAAUGACAUCAACAUCCUGAGAGUCAACAACACCCGGCGCCUGGCAGAAAUACUGGGUGGAGGAGGAGGUGGAAAACAGAGUGGGGGUGAACCUAUGGAUCUGCACUGUGUCCUGGUCACUAGCCCACAUUCGACAUCAUGGAAGGACCCUGCUUUGAGCAAAGUAAAUCGAUUCUGCAGAGAAAGCCGCUGUAUGGACCAGUGGGUGCCCAUUAUCAACCUGCCUGAGCGAUGAACAUCUAGCUGCAAAAACCUGUGAAAGGACUCUUCUCUGCACAGGAAGAGUGGUGUGAACCCCAAUGGACACAUUACCAUCCAGAGAUCAAAUUCCAAAGCGCUGCUGACGGGAAAAGAAAAAUUUGAAGGAAAAAACCGACCCCGCUGUCUACUUGGGGUGUAUUUAAAAGAGAAAAAAAGAGCUGGGGGAUGGAUUUCCACUUUGGACAGGACUGUUUGGAGUUGCGUCUGUCAGCCUCAGCAACCAAGAUGAGAUAGCGAGGCACUUGUAUUGUCAUAAGGUGGAAAUUCAAAAAAAAGCAUUUGUGUGCUUUUUAAUGUGAAGCCGGACUCUGUACAGAAGGAUUAUAUCAUGUGUGUUUGGUUAAGCCUCUGACGAGUCAGAGAAGUGGGGAGAAACCAGAAAAUGGAGCUGUUGAGUGGACCAAGGCCUCGGCCUCUCUCUGCAGAAACAAAGCACUUGUUGAAACACUGGACCUUUUGCAAUUUCACUUAUCUGAUUCAAAUUGUUAAUGUUGACGUUGCUACUGUCAUAAUUUAAAAAGGGAAGGGCUACACAUCCAGUGAAGACAUUCUGUGUAUUUAGUGUUUCCUAUGCCAGCUGGUUUUUUGCCACAAGUAAAAUAAUUCAUUUGUUACAAUUUAAGUUAUUUCGAAUGAUAUUUAAGUGUAUUUAUGUUUCAUUUUUUUACCUUAACUAUUUGCAAAAUCUGAAUACAUAUGUAUUGCUGUCAAUAAAAAAAGUAUUUGUUUUUGGA